AUGUUAGAUGGAAGUUCUAGGAAUCUAACAAAGAAAAAUGUAGAAGAUUUUCGUGUCAUUCUUCACAUGAUCAUGCAUGAAUGUUCAAAAGCAAAUAUAGAGACGGGAAAAACAUGGGUCUUUGAACAUUGUCAAUCAGCAUCUCAUGUGUAUGCUCUAAUGGAAUAUAUAUUCUCAUUAUCAAAAUCGCGUUCAGGACAAGAAGAUAGAAUUCAUGUAGUUUAUUUAAUCAAUGACGUUUUAUUUCACACAGCACGAAAGCAAAUGCAAUGGAUGAAAGAUACGAUGACACCUUUUUUAGUACCCCUUUUAAGAUUAGCUUAUGAUGCAGCUGAAUCGGCGGAAUAUAAAGCCAAAGUUAUGAAGGUCAUAACAUUUUGGAAUGAUAAAAGUAUAUUUGAACCAAAUGUAAUUAAUACGAUGAGAAAAGAAGUGUCUGAGCCAGCUGGCAAUCAUACAUCUUCUUAUCCCCCUCAAUAUCCUCAAACUAAUAUGAAUUAUCAACCUAUGCCAUAUCAACCACAUCCUAAUUAUCCAUCUACUCCUUUUUCAGCCCCUCCUAUUCCUUCACCAGCAUUUCAGCAACAACAUCCAAUUCCUAGAGGCUCUUCUACCCCCUCUGUGCCAUCACAUCCAUCACCAACAUCAGUGCCGCCUGCAACUUCUUUACCAUUACCACCACCACCACCUUCACCAGCAAAACCAUACUAUGAAUUACCUGCUGGAUUAAUGCUACUUACAAAAAAUGAGUACUAUAAGCCGAUUGAUCCAAACAGUAUUAUAGUGCCUUAUCCUCGACCACCUCCUUCUAAAGAAUUAAUUGAGGCUGUUGAUGAUUUUUACAAUGGUUUAGAUUUAUUAAAAGUGGAUGAUGUUAUCUUAGAUGAAAAGACAGCUUCUACUACGAAUAUAGAUGCACAAGGUUGGGAAAAGGGUUAUUUGAAUUCUUAUAUGGAGAUAGCCGCUCAAAGGAAAAAGGAGGCGUUAGAAAAAUUACAGAAACGACGUUCACAUAGUCAAAGUACUUCACGUAGUCGAACUCAUCGAGGAAGAAGAAGAAGAAGAAUGUAUGAUCGUCGUAGUCGUAGUCGAAGUCGUAGUCGAAGUCAUAGCCGUAGCUACAGUCGAGGUCGUAGUUAUAGUCGAAAUCGUAGCUAUAGUCGUAGUCGUAGCUAUAGUCGUGGCCGUGAUCACAGUUAUAGUCGCAGUCUUAGUCGCAGUCUUAGUCGCAGUCUUAGUCGCAGUCUUAGUCGCAGUCGCAGUCUUAAUCGCAGUCGCAAUCGCAAUCGCAAUCGCAGUCUUAGUCGUAGCCUUAGCCGUAGCCUUAGCCGUAGUCGUAGUCGUAGUCAUAGUCGUAGUCGUAGCCGUAGUCGUAGUCCUGUGCAUAACUAUCAUAAAAGAAGAAAUUAUAGUAGAAGUCGUAGUAGAAGUCCCCCAUAUCGUCGAAGAAGUAAUUCUCGUGAUAGAGGACGAAGCCCUUACAGAAGGAGCUCUCCAGGAAGAGGUAGAAGUCCCGUUGUUCGAAACAAUUAUCGAAAUAAUAGACGUUAUAGCCGUAGUAGAAGUAGAUCACCACUAUCAUCUACGCUACCUCCUUCUUCAUCCUCUUCUUACCCUCCAUCCUAUGGUUCGACAAACAGAUUUAAAUCUGCUGAUUUUAAUUUACCUGCUGCAGUACCUGUUGAAAACAGAUAUAUGGGUUUAGGUAGUCAAACAGUAACUGAUGAAUUUGACAAUUUUAGAAGAAGUAAAAGCCAGGCCUAUAAUAGAAGGGAGCCUUACCAACCUUUCACAUGCUAUAAAUGUAAUAAGGUGGGUCAUUUAGCAAGAGAGUGUGAUAGUCUUUAA